AUGCCUGCCGCAUCACUCUCCCACGAGGGUCAUCGCGUGGUGCAGCAGAAUACAUUUCUCAAUGUGGUUUCGGAUGAGGACAUCGAGCUCAGGGCCCUGAAGUGGGGGCGGUUGUCCUCUUGGCCAUGUACCCCACGUAGCUCACAUGGCGACGCAGCCGCCUCGGAAGACGUGAGCGGGGCGGACCCGGUCGUGGAGCUUGCGGAGGCUCAGAGCACGGAGCAAGAUUGCAAGGAUUGCAAUCCUUGCAUCUUCUUGGCGAGUUCAGGGGGAUGCUUGCAUGGUGCGAGCUGCAAGUUUUGCCACAUGCACUCCGCGAAGAAGGACGGCGCGGCAAAGAAGCGCGCGCGGAAGCAGACGCGUGACAAGUACAAGGCCGAGGUGUUGAAGCUUCUAGGGGGAAACCGAGAGGAGAUGCAGGCCCAGCAGGACCAACUCCAGCACCUCGCCAAGAACAACGCCUUUGUGCGCGCCUUCGCGCUGGCAUGCCUCGAGACCGAUUUGCUGACCACUCUCACCGACAUGCCUGAUGAAGUGCGACCUCGCGUCCUGCAACCAGGCCCAGUCCAGCGACCCCGCUGA